CACUUUAUUAAUGUAGCUAUUAAAAUAAUAAUAUGCGUUAGGCUUUAGCUGACUAUACAGCACUGUGUUUCCUUAUGCUGUCCAACACUGUUAAGUGUGUACUGAUUUUCGUAGCACAGCGGCUUUUAAAAAUCCAAUACAAACUUCGAUUUGUGAUACUAAGAAAUAAGACCCUUAAUUGCGCAUGCGGCAUACAAUCUGACUAAAUGAGGAGGCUACGGUCUAUGUUAAAAAGCCAGCGAACAGUCUUUUUUGCCCGCUGAGGCUGGUUGAUCAAUGCAGCCUCUCUGUUGUGACUAUAAAUAGACUGAAGACAGCGCAUUCCGGUGCUGCCAAAAAGCGCAAGCGGAGUGCUGCCUUGCUGUAUCGAUCGAUCGCGCACAUGUGUGUGUGAGUGGGUAAAUCCGCUCGCAUUCACUUACACACGUAUGAGUGUGGCUCUCUGUGCGCGUACUAGCUGUACAAACCGGUUUUCGCUGUCAUCGCUACAACGCAUACCCUAAACCCGUAGCUUCCUUUCUUGCUCGCAUUGUACAUGUAUCCGUACACUGUACAGGUAAAUUCAUGUGUUUUUAGUUGCUUUUGCUAUGUUAUUGACCUCACCAAUAAUUAAGUUCUAUGUAAGCAAUAAUUAUAAAACCUGCAUAAAUUUUGAUCAAUAAUGAAUGUCCAAUUUUCCGAUUUUAGUGCGUACUUUUUAUUGAGAUUAACGAUCACUUUGCUAGGCUAUAAUUUAAUAUUCUAAUUUCCGUAAGCGCUUAUAAUACAGACUGUAUCCUUCAAGGUUUCAACAUACUAUAUAUAAUUUUAUGGUGUAUAAACUCCGAUUUGUGCUCGAAGUAGAAUUCGGCUUUUUUUGGCAAUCGCCAUCGUGAAUUCGUGAUUAUAUCUUCUGACUACAUCGGCUCAUUGUUGUGUGGAGGGCUGCCAACCAGGGUGACAAUUACCGGUAUCUCUCCUUUGCGUUUUGCGCACUAGCCCAGGUUUCCGUUAAGAGAGAACAAUAUUUCAAACAAUAACGUUAUGACAACACCUGACAAAUUUUCGCUCCUUUUUAAUUGCUUACUUUGGCGGUGCAGUCAAAAUGUCACAUUUUAUGAACAGUUGACCGGCAGCACUUUAAUGUCCAGGAUUGGAAUAACAGACGACAACUAGCUGCAAAGCCGUUUGCAUGCUGUUUUUUAUACAACACAAUUUGUACAUUGUAUUAACUGAAAUACCAGAAAUCGUAGUAAUGGCAGUCAUUUAAUAGUGGUUGAAAUAAUUAAUAAUAAUAAUAAUUUUAAUAACAAACGAAAAUCUGCUCAAUGUACAGGCAGUCUGUGCAUAACUGCAAGCUACUGAAGACACUGUUUUUUUGAUUUAUUGUUUUUUAUACACACGUGACACGUUUACUACACGUGACAUGUGACAUGUUGUUCUGUGUGCAACCGUUCAUAUUCUAUUCAGCACGUAUUAGUAGUUUAUUUUGCACCAUGAUAAUAAUUUGCCAAAUCGCAGACAGCACACCCUAGGACCCUAGGUCUUUCGAAAAUAUUGCCCGCCAUAUUGGUGACAACAAAAAUUUAAUUCCGCUGACCUUUGUCCUGGGAUUCUAUGUGCAGUUCGUGGUUGGCCGAUGGUGGGAUCAGUAUCUCAAUUAUCCAUGGCCUGACAGUCAUUCUGCACAUCAACGGACUGGACGAACGGAGUCGCAUUAUACGGCGGACUAUGGCACGCUGGACGUGCCUGAGUACUAUUUUAUUAACCCGCGGUGUCAGUAUUGUGGCCAAGAAGCGCUUUCCUACGCUGGAACACCUGUGCGAAGUGGGACUUAUGACACAGGAGGAAGUCGAUCUCUACGAACAAGUUAAUAUUCCUUAUGCUAAAUUCUGGGUGCCGAUGUUGUGGUUUACGGAGCUGCUGAAAGUGGCCAAAAAAGAAGGCCUGAUGGACGAUAAAUCCGGUGUGUCUACCAAACACGUCAUGGAGGAAAUCGCCAAUUUCCGUACUAACCAAUGGAGAAUUUGGAGCUUUGACUGGGUCAGCGUGCCUUUGGUGUACACCCAGGUAGUAACGUUAGCCACGUAUGGAUACUUUUUCUGCUGUCUGUUCUCCCGACAAUUCCUGGAUCCAUCGCAAGGCUACGAGCAUUUCUAUGUGGAUUUUUAUUUUCCCGUUUUUACAUUCUUACAAUUUUUUUUCUACGUUGGUUGGCUAAAGGUGGCCGAAUCACUGAUUAAUCCCUGGGGUGAGGAUGAUGACGAUUUUGAGGUAAACUGGUUUAUCGAUCGGCACGUGCAAGUCGCGUUUCUGACCGUGGAUGAAAAAUUUGCUCAAAUGCCGACUAUUGGCAAAGAUCGUUAUUGGAAUACGACGGAGGUCAAGGUGCCGUAUACCAAUAAGCGGGAUCUCACGCGACGAUUAAGUGUCAACAAUAUUGGUUCCACAAUGAAUUUGCACAUUCCUAAUGGAGCGGCUCAGCUGCUGCAAAUUCCGAAUACAUUGACGCUGCCAAAACCGGGCCGAAUAGGUGGACUGUUGAAUGGCCGUAAUAUGCCGGGACUGACCAGACGCCGCUCCUCCUGCACCCCGAAAUUUGAGCAUUUAUCCCGACACCCGACAAACUUACAGCCGAACGGCGACGUCGAUUUCGACAACAACCCGGAAACCGGGACAUUGCGGACGCCGGUGGACGUGGACACCAUCUCGGAGCGAUGGGAGACGUCGUCACUGCUGAGCCGCCACCGCACCGACACGCUGAACUCCCAGCUGCGCUAUCCGCAGCACAGUGGUCUGGAUGGACAUCCGACGCAUACGCGCAUCAGUGUACACAGUAUGCACAGUGAGCCAGUGGUGGCGCCCGGUGCGCAGACCCCGGUAAUUACCAUCAGCAAAGCGCCGAUGGCCGACGACCAGUCGGCAUCGUAUGGCAGUGGCCUGGAUAUUAAUCAGUCGCUGGAGCAAGUUAGCCCCAGGAAAAAUCCUCCUCGGAGAAAAAUCACACUGGCCAGCUUGCUGUGAUCAGAAUCUAUAUUUACAUUUUUCCGUGUUCAUUUUUUAUAAUUCCUGUAUCAGUUUUUUUGGGACCAACGAAUGUUAGGCUACUUAGUUUGACUCCUGUGCCUUCGGCCUCCGCUACUUUUAUUUGCGCUUUCAGUCUAACGGUUUGUGAUACUGAAGAGUUAAUUAAUUAAAUUUUGAUAUUUUCGAGUGAUUUUUGACUGUGAAGGUUGCUGGACCAUAACCAGCGGGUCAUAAGGAUUCCGCUGAAUAAAAC